GGGAUUUACCGGAAUGCGGUGGGAAAGUAAUAACGCCUCUUUGGAUGCGCGCAGUGUUUGGUCGGUUGCUAGCUAAUCUUUGUUUGAAGCUAGUUCGCGGCAGUAUUGGGAAGUCUAUGAGCUAAGUGAUGUGCAUGUGCAAUAUGAAGAAUGGAAGAAGACGAUGUCACGAUCAGAGAGCAGAAUUUCCACAGCCAAGUCCGAGAGUACAUUAUCUGUUUCCUGUUGUUUGCUGUGCUGUACAUCGUGUCCUACUGCAUCAUAACUCGCUACAAGAGGAAGAGUGAAUUCUUUCUUAUUGCGACAGAUGACCAUGAAGAUGAAGAUGCAGUCGUUAACAGAAUAUCUAUGUACCUGUGUACGUUCACUCUGGCCGUAUCCGGAGGCGCUGUCCUCCUCCUCCCGUUCUCUAUAAUCAGUAACGAGAUCCUUCUGUCGCUCCCCAAGAACUACUACAUCCAGUGGCUCAAUGGCUCGCUCAUCCACGGUCUGUGGAACCUCGUCUCGCUCUUCUCCAACCUGUGUCUCUUCGUCCUCAUGCCUUUCGCCUAUUUCUUCCUGGAGUCCGAGGGAUUCGCCGGCUCUAAAAAGGGCCUGAAAGCUCGUAUCCUGGAGACGUUUGUGAUGCUGUUUCUGCUCGCUCUGCUCAUCCUGGGCAUCGUGUGGGUCGCGUCAGCACUCGUCGACAACGACGCUGCCAGCAUGGAGUCUCUCUACGACCUGUGGGAGUUCUACCUGCCCUACUUGUACUCGUGUAUCUCUUUGAUGGGCGGCUUGCUGCUUCUGAUGUGUACUCCAGUGGGUUUGUCCCGCAUGUUCACCGUCAUGGGCCAGUUGCUAGUCAAACCCACGAUUUUGGAGGAUUUAGACGAACAGUUGUACUGCAUUCAGCUCCAGGAAGAAGCUUUACAGCACAGACUCAAUGGUUCAGGCUCCUUUUUACUCGCCACCUCCCAGAAUCUCCACAAAGAACUGGAGAGUAUACGCUCGCAGAGACACAAGCUGGAGAGGAGGAAGAAAGCAUCAGUUUGGGAGAAGAACCUUCUCUACCCCUUCGUCAUGUUAAUACUGCUCGCUGGCACGGCGAUCUCUGUGUGUUUGGUGGCUCUGAACAUUUUGUACCUGCUGGUGGAUGAAACUGCGCUACCGAAGGGAUCAGCAGAUCCCGAUAUUGGGAAUGCAUCUCUUUCUACGUUUGGCGUAGUGCAGGCUGUGGUUGAAAUCGUCCUCAUGAUUUACCUGAUGGUCUCCUCCGUUGUGGGAUUCUACAGUCUUCGCAUCUUUCAGGGACUCACGCCCAGGAAGGACGACACCACCAUGACCACCAUCAUCGGUUGCUGUGUGUCCAUCCUGGUCUUGAGCUCUGCGCUCCCCGUCAUGUCCCGAACUCUUGGAAUAACGAGGUUCGACUUGUUGGGGGAUUUCGGUCGGUUUAACUGGUUGGGGAAUUUCUACAUUGUGUUGUCGUAUAACCUGCUGUUUGCUGUGGUGACCACGCUGUGUUUAAUCACCAAGUUCACCUCCGCUGUCCGAGAGGAGCUGCUCAAAGCCCUCGGUCUGGAUAAACUGAAUCUGUCCACCAGUCCCACGGAACCUGAAUCAAAUAAGCUAGCGGCGAACGGCCAUCAGAAGACGCUCUGAACUCCUCUCUCAAUCACACAGUAAAAUAGGGUAUGGCUGGAGAUUUGAAGACGCCUUAUUACCACCUAAACACACACUGUCCCAUCAGACGGGUGCGUCCCCUGCAGCAGGACGUUUACAGUGCAGACUUUCAUUAAGCCGCUUUAUUUAAGCUCCCACCUUCACUUUUCCCCUUCUUUUCCUUUCGUCUUUUCUGUUUUCGCGCGCACACACGCGCCAUUAGAAGUUUGCGCAUUUUAAUGCAGUUUUAAAUUCUAUUUUUUUCCCUUCUUCAUGCUGUGAAUAAGCGGACUCGGGUAAAAGUGAAAGCAUAAUCGUCAUGUAAAUGUUGUAUUUGUCUGUAUAUAUUCUUUUGUCAUUGUGUAAUCUUUUGUACAGUGUUUUUUUGUUUGUUUUGUUUGUUCAUGUCCGGAAAUUCACCUCUGAUGCCUUACGAAACAGGGGAGGAUUUUACAGGCGCUUUAAUAGUCGUCACAUGCAGUGAGUAUGUGUGUGUUAGACAUGUGCCGAUGUGUGUGGUGCCCCUGCUGACCCCCUCGACUCUGCUGUCAUAGAUAUCGCUCUAUUGGCUGAAGUCGCUCACAUGGUGCGUGUGUAACAGUGCUGUUAAAUAGAGCUAGCAAGUGUUGCACCAGGGAGUUAGCAGUCGAGUUGCUAAACAAUAGCUCACUAUCCUGCUAGCUGUUUAUCCAGAGGUAAAGACAAUGCUAACAAGAAAAGCUGAGCAGUAAGGUGUUCAUUCAGUUUGCUAAAUCAAAUACCAUGUUGAUUCAUAAGAACAUGAAGCUGGUAUUUUAUUUACCAGAUUGAAUGAACUAUUUACUAUUUGAUUCAUUAGAACAAGUUUUGAUGUAGUUUGGUAAAUCAAGUACAAAUGUGGUGUCUGGUUCUGGUGAAUCAAAUACCAGUGUCAUGAUUUUCUAUUUGAUUUAUUAGAACAAAUCAUCAGACUGGUAUUUGAUGCACCAGGACCAAAUGGAAUGAACUCUUUCUCUUUGAAUCAUUAGAACAGGUGAUCUGGUAAAUCAAGUACCAACGUGUUGUCAUGAUUUUCCUAUUUGAUUCAUGGCAUUUAAUUCACCAAAACCAAUCAACACUGUACUGUUUGACUCAUUAGAACAAGUGUUGACUGGGUCUGGUGAAUCGAUUCUGAUGUUUCAACAGGAACAAAUGAACACAGCACUGCUUGAUUUACCAAAUCGAAUUAACUCUUGAUUUGUUCUAAUGAAUCAAAAAUUAAACACGGGUAUCUGAUUCACAAGAACCAAAGUGACAUAUUGAUACUUGAUUUACCAAACCGAAUUAACUCUUUACUAUUUGAUUCAUUACAAGAAGUGAUGAUUCAAUUUGGUGAAUGUGUUAACUGGUUCUGGUGAAUCAAAUACCAGUGUCAUAUUUUACGAUUUAAUUAGAACAUGUUUUCAGACUGGUAUUUGAUUCAGCAGAACUAAAUGAACACAUUGGUACUCGAUUUACCAAACUGAAUCAACACAUUACUAUUUGAUUCAUUAGAAUUGGUGUUGAUUCAGUUUGGUAAAUUAAGUACCAGUGUAUUGAAUCAAAUAGCAGAGUCAUGAUGUUCUAAGUAAAUCCAAUGAGUUUAUUGGUGCUGAUGAAUCAAAUCCCAGUCUGAUGGUUUGUUCUAAUGAAUCAGAUAGUACAGUGUGUAUUUCUAAUAUAUCGUGGAGCUGAUCAUCGGCACAUGCCUAGUGAAUGUUAAUGUGGGACGGCUGCGUCUGCGAGCACCUUUUUAUAGACAAAUUCACUGUGACCCCUCAUGUGACCGUCAAAUAUAUGAACAGCCAGUUUACAAUGCCAAUGAUGACAUCAAACAUCAAUGUGUUUCAAAUGUUGUUCAAAUGAGAUUUGGGCUUUUUAAACAGAUCUCACAUGAGGGACACUGAAUUUACAACCUGUGAAAAGGUCAUUUAUUAAAUAUUAAUAAAUAAAUAAGCUGACUCAUCACAUUUUAUGUUCGAAUGUAACGCGUGUCUGAAGGACGAUUGUUUUUGUAGUAAAGCGUAUGUAAAAAGUAUGCAAAUUUUUUUUUUUGUACAAAGUCAUUGUAUAAUAUGCAAAUCAUCAAAUGUCUUUUUUUUGUCUUGAUUUAUUUUCGUCGACAACCUCUGGACCAUAAAUAUAAAUGCACGGAUCAUAAUAUCGUUACUGAGGGAAGGUUUGUAUGUUAUACUGUGAAAACAGCAAUUCAUUCUUUUAUUCCAUUACAAGCAGCCAAUUUUCUUUGUUCUCUAGUCUGUUUCUCACGUUCAGUUCACAAUGUUGGAAAUAAAUGUUGUUUCUCAAUGCAAA